AUGAAUCCUUGUCUUCCUUUUGCUGCAAAUCUUGUGCAAAGUAGCCUCCGCAGCAAUGGGUUCUCGAAAAAUAUUGUGCUGUCUCCGCUGUCCUUGAACGCCAUAGCAGCCAUGCUGGCCACGGGAUGUUCAGGACGCUCUCUGAAGCGUGUACUCAGCUUUGUUGGAUGCGACGAUUUGGAGCAGCUCAAGUCGAUGUUUUCGCAGAUGAUGUCUAUUGCAACUUCCUCCUCCUCCUCCUCCUCCCCUUCCUCCUCCGCCUGCAGUGGCAUGAGUAAUAGCUACCGUCGUUAUCGAGGUUGUGGUGGUAGUAGUAGUCCUCCAAAGAUCUCAUUCGUCAAUGGAGUUUGGGUGGAUUCUCGUUUUCCCCUCAAGCCCUCGUACAAGGACUGUGUUACUAACGUCUUCAAAUCAGAUGCCAAAAACGUGGAUUUCCAAAAAGCCGAUAAAGCCAUCAAAGAAAUAAACUCAUGGGCAGACCUGCAAACGAAUGGCCUCAUAAAAGAUGUUCUUCAACGUGGCCACAUUAGCCCUGUUACCGCACUUAUACUAGGAAAUGCUCUUUACUUCAAAGGAUAUUGGGCAGAUGAAUUUGAUAUUACAAGGACUCGGAAUCAGAACUUCUCCCUUCUCGGUGGAGACAAGGUUUCUGUUCCCUUCAUGGGCAUUUCAAGACAUUAUCUGUACGGAUCAUUUGAUGACUUUAAAGUCAUCGAGCUUCCCUAUAAAAGCGGCAACAUCGGAGACAAGAAGAGAUUUUCAAUGCAGUUGAUCCUCCCACACAAGAUAGAUGGAUUGCAGGAUCUAGUAUUGAAGUUCAAUUCCGGGUUUAUAAGCCCCCAUUUCGAGCUUGAGAGAACACUUGUUGAUGUCGUGCGGAUACCCAAAAUCAAAUUCUCAAGCGUUCUUGAGGAAAUUAAAUUUCCAUUCAUGGAACAAGACAUGGAGCUGACAGAGAUGAUUCAUGCUAGAGAUCCGCCUUUCAUUUCAAAAAUAAUUCACAAAGCUUUUAUCGAGGUGGAUGAGAAAGGCACAGAGGCAGCAGCCGUCACUUUUAGUGCAAUAGAGGGCUGUGCACCCGAAGCAAUACAGCGAGAAAUCAAGACUUUUGUAGCUGACCAUCCUUUCAUGUUCAUCGUCAAAGAAGAGACAUCUGGAUUAGUCCUCUUCGUUGGAGCUGUAGUAAAUCCCCUCCCAGAAUGA